CCCAGCUCGGGGUCCUGAUUAUCAUAACAACAUGGCCGCCCUCUGCAGGGGCAGACACCGGUGGAAGAGGAUCAACUGUUUUCAUGUUUUGACGAGAAACUUGACAGGAAAGUAUGACUUUGACCUGGUGGUCGUCGGCGGUGGCUCAGGAGGCCUGGCAUGUUCCAAAGAAGCCGCACAGUUGGGACUGAAAGUUGCUGUUCUGGAUUACGUGGAGCCAUCAGCGAAGGGUACCAAGUGGGGACUUGGAGGAACAUGUGUCAAUGUGGGCUGCAUUCCUAAGAAGCUGAUGCACCAGGCCGCUCUACUCGGCACGGCGGUGAAAGACGCUAAGAAGUACGGCUGGCAGAUCUCAGGGCCGGUCUGCCAUGACUGGGUCACCAUGGCAGAGGCUGUUCAAAACCAUGUGCGGUCUCUGAACUGGGGUCACAGAGUCCAGCUCCAGGACAAGUGAGUGACAGCA